AUGGCGGACGAGGACAAGGCCAAGGCCGAGAAGGUCGCCGCCGCUAAGAAGAGGCUCGAAGCAUUGAAGAAGCAGAAAGCCAAGAAGGCGGGCGGCGCAUCCAAGAAGGAGGAGAAGAAAGAAGACAACCCGCCAGCAUCCAAAGAAGCCCCUGCCAAUACUCCUUCGAGUCCCAAAGAAUCAGCGAACGAGACCGAAGAGAAACCAUCCGAAGAAGUCACUUCCCCAACAUCUGCCGAACCUACAGCCGAGGAGCCUACUGCUACCGGAACAACCGCCGCCGAAGAGGAGAAGGAGAAGGACGAAUCCCCGGCCCCCUUGCAGCAAACACCAACACUCCCCUCUCUCGCCGAGCAAUCCCGAGCCCGCUCAACCUCCUUCCGCAAUGCCUCCAUCUCGGGCGGCGCCGCCUCCGGCCCGCUAUCGCCCAGCUUCCUCAGUCCAGAAGGCGAGACCGCCCCUGACAUCUACCGCAAGCACGUCAGCCGCAUCCAAGAGCUUGAGAAAGAAAACAAGCGACUGGCCAAAGAGGCCGCCGACACCGAAAAGCGGUGGCAGAAAGCCGAGGAGGAACUGGCUGAUUUCCGCGAGGCCGAAGAUGGUAAACCAAGCGGGGAGCUAGGGUCUGCCGAGGACGUGGAGAAGCUCAGGAACGAGCUGGCUGCGCUGCAGCGCCAGAAUACACAGCUUCAGUCGCAAUUGACGCGCGCAGCAGGCGGCGGCGCCCACGGCCGCUCGCCGUCUAUCUCGGUGGGCGGUGGUGCUGGUGCUGGUGCUGGUGCUGGUGCGGGCGGGUCACCGCCGGCCGAAACGGCGCAACUGGAGGCGCAACUGCAGAGCAAGUCGGCGACGAUUGAGACCAUGGAGCUGGAAAUGUCAAGGCUGCGCGCGCAGGUGGAGAAGCUUGCCGCCUCGGCGUCGGGACCCUCGGAGCAGAUCGCCGCGCUGGAGGAGAAGCUGGCGAGGGCGGAGAAGGCGGCCGGGUUGGCGCAGCAGGAGUUGGCGGAUUUGAAGCAGAAUUUGGAAAGGGUGUCGAAGGAGGCGGUCAAGGAGGGUUCGCAGCGGGCGUCGGCGGAGACGAAACUGAAGGCGCUGGAAAGGGAGGUUGAGGAGGCGAACAAGGCUAAAGAAGAGUUGGCGAAGAAGGUUGAAGGGUUGGAGAAGAAGGUUGCGACGCUUACGACGUUGCAUAAGGAGCAGGAUGGAAGGACACAGACUCUGAGAAAGGAUAAGGAGCAAGUGGAUAAGGAGGUGGCGGAGUUGAAGGCCAAGGUUGAGAAGUUGGAGGAGGAGAACCUGAAGCUAAGAAAGAAGGAUGCCCGGGAGGGCGGCGGUGAAGAGGAAGGACUGGAUGAGUUGGAGGAGGAGGGCCGCCUCAAGUUGGAGAAGCGUGUCAGAGAGCUGGAAGCUGAGAAUACUGAUCUCAGGAGGGGCAUCUGGCAUGAGAAGAGGAAGGAGCUGCAAGUCGGUCCGGAGGCCUUCGAGACUGUUGAUCUUGGCGGUGGGCUUCACUCGUCAUCUGCGCACGGUCACCAGCAUCACAAGAGCCGCGGCGGACUGGGUGACUUCUUCACUAGUGGCCUUAAUGCGCUUACCGGCGGUGAUCACCAUCAUGGCCAUGGUGGUGCUCUUGAUGAGCUACUUGAGGAUGACGAUGAGGAGUUCGACGAGGAGGCAUUCCGUCGGGCACAUGAGGAAGAGCAGAAGAAGAGGCUGGAGCGGAUUAAGGAACUCAAGAGGGCGCUGAAGAACUGGGACGGAUGGAGGCUGGACUUGGUUGAGAAUAGGCGGGGCGGUGGUGAGGGUAUCGGUGAGAUCUUCGAGAUCUGA